CUGUGUCCCUCGGACACAGCGGAUCACCGAUCCAUGACAAGAGCCAAAGAUGUCAGCUCGGUCAUGUGAUCAGCUGUGUCCAAUCACAGCUGAUCUCACUGAUCAUCAGGGCACUGAUGAUCAGUGUAGCCCCAGCAGUGCCACCUGUCAUUGUCCAUCAGUGCCAGCUCUCAGUGCUCAUCCAUGCCACCUUCCAGUGCCCAUCAGUGCCACAUCAAUGCCACAUAUCAGUGCUACCUAUCAGUGCUGCCAAUCAGUGCCACCUAUCAGUGUCAGUCAGUGCCGCCUAUCAGUGCCAGUCAGUGCCACCUAUCAGUGUGCAUCAGUGCCGCCUAUCAUUGCCCAUCAGUGCUGCCUAUCAGUGCCGCCUAACAGUGCCAGUCAGUGCCACCUAUCAGUGCCAUAUAUCAGUGCUGCCUUUCAGUGCCCAUCAGUGAUGCCUGUUAAUGCCCAUCAGUGCCACCUACCAGUGCCUCCUCAUCAGUGCCCAUCAGUGCCACCUAUCAGUGUUCAUCAGUGCAGCCUUUCAGUGCCCAUCACUGCAGCCUCAUUAGCGCACAUCAGUGAAGGAGAAAAAUCACUUGAUUUACAAAAUUUUAUAACAAAAACAAAGAAAAAAACAUUUUUUUUUAAUUUUCAGUGGUUUUUGGUUUGUUUAGGAAAAAAU